UUGUCAAAAUAAAGGCGUAUAAUCGUCCUCUUUAAAAGCCCAUGUGGAUUAUUGGCCACAACGGCCAACAAAAAACAUACAAAAUAGCAAAUGAAUAAUUUGAAAGACAUGUAAAUACCGAGUGAUAUCUUAAUCCUCAAAUACAGUGUUUAACAAAACAUUUGGUUCAGUGACAUUCAACGCUCAAGGAAUACAGACUUUUAUUUUGAAAAGAGGUAAAGACCGGACACGCUGACGGAUUCUGUUGAACUUGACGGCAAAGGGUCAACGGAGCAGCGACCGGAGGAACCGCACCGCGCACUGUACGUGUGUGUUGCUGCCCCAAAAGAUGUCUGGUAUCCCGACGCUGCGCUCGCCGAGGUGACGGAGGCGUGAGCAGCAGCCGGCAUGGCGCUGGUCACCGUCCAGCGGUCGCCGACGCCGAGCACCACCUCCAGCCCCAGCGUGUCUGAGUCGGGCAGUGGUGAGGAUGACCGUCGCUCCCAGCCCAGGAGUAUCAGUGAGAGUUUCCUCACCGUGAAAGGCGCCGCCCUGUUCCUUCCCAGGGGCAACAGCCCCACGCCGAACUCUGCGCCUCACAUGAACCAACGCAGGAACAAGCACACAGGUGACCUCCAGAAACAUCUUCAGACCAUGUUCACUGUGCUGCGGCCGGAGGACACCAUCCGACUGGCCGUGCGUCUGGAGAGCGCCUACCCUCAGGUGACCCGCUACAUGGUGGUGGUCUCCACCAACGGAAGGCAGGACACGGAGGAGAGCAUCGUGCUCGGCGUGGACUUUGUCUCCUCUGACGGCUGCACGGUGGGCCUGGUCCUGCCGCUCUGGAGUGACACUCUGAUCCACCUGGAUGGAGACGGGGGUUUUAGUGUAUCGACGGUGAACAGGGUUCAUGUUUUCAAGCCAGUUUCUGUCCAGGCCAUGUGGUCAGCCCUCCAGUCGCUCCACAAAGCAUGCGAUGUGGCCCGCUGCCACAACCACUACCCGGGCAGCCUGUUCCUGACCUGGGUCAGCUACUACCAGAGCCGGCUCUCGUCCAACCAGGUCUGCGUCAACGAGUGGAACGCCAUGCAGGACGUCGAGUCGCACCGUGCCAAUUCGCCCGUUCUCUUCACAGACCUGCCCACAGAGGGGGAGCGCACGGAGAGGCUGAUCAAGAUGCGCCUCCGAGAGAUCAUGAUACAGAAGGACCUGGAGAACGUCACCUGUAAGGAGAUCCGAACGGAGCUGGAGAUGCAGAUGGUUUGUAACCUGAGGGAGUUUAAGGAGUUCAUAGACAACGAGAUGAUCGCCAUCCUGGGGCAGAUGGACAGCCCCACCGAAAUCUUUGAACACGUCUAUCUGGGCUCCGAGUGGAACGCCUCGAAUCUGGAGGAGCUGCAGAACAGCGGCGUGCUCUACAUCCUGAACGUGACCAGGGAGAUAGACAACUUCUUCCCGGGGAUGUUUCAGUACCACAACAUCCGAGUGUACGACGAAGAGGCCACCAACCUGCUGGAGUACUGGAACGAGACCUACAAGUUCAUCACCAAAGCCAAGAAAGCUGGUGCCAAGUGUCUGGUUCACUGCAAAAUGGGCGUGAGUCGCUCCGCCUCCACGGUGAUCGCCUACGCCAUGAAGGAGUACGGCUGGGACCUGGACACGGCCUUCGACUACGUCAAAGAGAAGCGGGCCGUCACCAAGCCCAACCCGUCCUUCAUGAAGCAGCUGGAGGAGUAUCAGGGCAUUCUGCUGGCCAGCAAGCAGAGGCAUAACAAGCUGUGGCGCUCGCACUCUGACGGCGACCUAUCGGAUCGCCCGGACUCCAUGUGCAGAGCCUCGUCUCGCUCUCUGGGCCGCUCCAACUCUCACAACAACAACACCACCAGCGCCUCCUCCCCCUCCUUGCAUCACUUCCUGGGCGUGGCCGUGCUGCACGCGCUCGGCGCCGCACCCGAGGACUCUGGCGAGGCGAACAGCCCGUGCGACUCAGACUCGCACUCCGACGGCGCGUGUGACUCGCCGGAUCCGGAGGAGGUUGGCUCGGGUUGCGGAGGCCCCCGCCUGCUGCCCCUCCCCCGAGCAGCCGCCGCCCCCGAGGAAGGGCUGGACAAUUCACCCAGCGUGGCCGUCGCUGUGACCGCUGCUUUACCCCACCCUCCACCAUCACUCCACAUCUUACCGCCCACUCCAGAACUCCAACGUGCCCGCCGGGCUCCUCCCACACAGCUCUCCAUCUCAGUGGCCAAACACAAAGCGUCGGAACCGUCUCUGAAUUUGCCCGAGCGCAGCAGCUCGGAAGAAACCUCGACGCUCACUCUGGGCUCCGCCGACUCGGACGUCCUCGAGCGAUCGUUAUCGGACGUCGCGAGCGGCGAGCAGAGCCCCCUCGGCGCCCUCUCCCCGGCGCUUCCGCUCGCCGCCAGCGACUCCAACAACAACCCCAGCGAGCUUAAGCUCUGGCGCGGCGAGGCCGACGGCUCGUCCAGCCACAGCGGCGACAGCAUCGACUUCUUCAGCGCCAGGGAGAAGUUCCUGGGCCCGGCCCAAGAUGGCCGGUCCCGGACACUUUCUGAGCAGGCACAGCAAAGGGCACCUCUGUCGUUUGAGGAGAACGAAGACACCGAGAAGGAGGAAGAGGAGCAAAGCUAUGCGAGUCGUCAGGCGUCUCCGCAGUCCGACGACGGCGUCGACAAAGCCGGCCCCGACCGCGCUCCUCACGACAACGGCGUGUCGGUCCGCCAUAUCGUCACGGAGAUCGAAGCCAUAUGCCACCCCGCCCCCUCCUCUUCGUCCCUCCCGCCGCCCUCCCACAGCCCUCCGCCCGUCCGCUCUGAGCAUCCGCCGGAGGCCGAGGCGCCGGAAGCCGCGCCCGGCCCUCCGACGCCGCCCUCCCACCCGCAGUCCCCCUCCAUGCUGCCGCACGACUGGCCGGCGGGCUCGGUGCGGCGCGCCGCCGACCAGCUGGAGCAGAAGCUGAAGCAGGAAAUGGAGACGGCUGCGUCCCAGCGCUCGCCGCUGCAUUCCCCCAGCGCCGAGCAGCCGCCGGUCCGACUGUCCCCGUGUCCCCCGAGCGCCGAGCCUCCUCCCCUCCGCUCGCCUCGGGACCGCACGGAACAAUGGGUCGCUCGGGGAGAGGCCGCGGACGAAGGGGAGCGCACGGGGUCUCGGGCGGCGCCCGGCUCCUCGGACACGGACGACCUCCCGGACCCUUCGCGCUCCCCUGACUCUGAUAUCAGCCGAGUCCCCGUCGCUGUGCCCGCAGGCGGCCGUGUGUUCACGUCAACGGAAGAAUCGUCUCUCGAUGCCUCGGCCCAGUCCCAAAGACGACGCCAAAUCCAGCCGCUUCACACCCAGGACGCCUCCCACCGGAUGAGUCUGGACGGGGCGGCGGCGCAAGAGUCGGACACGGCCGAGCGGAUGGAGUCCGGCUCUCGGGGCGGGCGGGGGGGCUGCGGCUGCGACGCCGAGAGCCGGCUGGCCCGCGGCAGCCAGGAGCUGGAGAGGAUUCAGCGGACGCUCCGCGAGCUGCAGGCCUUCCUCCACGAGGGCGUCGGCCCGGAGACGACGGAGCGGCCUCGGGGGCCGAGAGACGUCACGGACACUGAGCCGGAACUGUGCGACGGGUCCACUUCUGAGCAGACCCCCCGAGGCCCGGAAGUAGGGCGGCGGCGAGAGAGGCAAGAGGGUCAGAGUUUCCUGGAGCCGAUCGCGUGGCGCCGAGCGAUGGAGCUGGAGGCCCGCAUCCGCCAGGCGGGCCUCACGCCCCCGUCCCUCAUGAAGCGGUCGGCCUCCUUGGCCAAACUGGACCGUCUGGAGCUGUCGGCCAAUGACCUCAGCGACAUGGACCUGAGGACGCACACCAGCGCCGCGUCACAUUCCCAGGACUCCUUCUCCGCGUCUCACCCCGACGACACCUGGAAGAAGCAGAAGGUGUUGGCUCGCCACGCGCUCGCCGAGGGGACCGGCUCGCCCCGCGGGGUUCCCUCGUCGUCCUCGUCGCCCUCCCUCUUCCUCAGCCCCUCCGCCGCCCACCGUAGUCCCAAAGACGACACGGGGGAGAGGGAGGAGCCGGGCGGCGCGGUCGCCCCGGCGCGCCAGCAGGGGGCCCGGGGACACGCGGCGAGACGAUCUCGCAAAGGCUCCGCUGAGAAGAAGCAGCAGCGGGGGGCCGUGCUGUACAACACCAUGUGACCUCGGCGUGUGAAUGUGUAGCAGGAAAACUGGAGACCGCGUGACCUCCCGAUGUUCGCAUGUACACCACUGGAUGAGUCGCUUCCACUGGAGUUCAGGUUUGUUUGUACAGGGAUGAAAUCUGAAUGUGCAAAUGAAGACUGAACCAGUGCAUACUUUAUGUGCUCCGCCAUUUCUGUCCCUCUCUCUCUUUUUUUAAGAAGCAUUUGUUUUCAGUGUUUGUCCCUCACUGCCUGUUCAGAGUUUGUACAACAACCAGAGGGCCUUUUUCUCCAAACAUGCACUUUACUGUAUCAAUUAUGUUAUUUGAACUGUUUGUUACCCCGGGGAGGAUUAUUUUGCACUGAUCUCAAUCGACAUGUCUUUGUAUGCGUGCUUCGUCGUUGUUGUUGUGCACAGAUGUCUUUAUUCAGAUUUUAAUUGAACCAGGACAAAAGCUGAUGACUUGUUUUUUUUAAUUCUAUGCUUCAGCAGUAAAUAAAUAUGUUGCGUUUGUUUUGA